UAACUUUUCAGAAGAAAAUUAAGCGAUUUGAUUGAUCUUUUAAAUAUAUUUUUAAUAAGUCUGAAACAUGAAAUGUUAUAAUAUGCGUGUAAAGGAUUUCUUCCUAAAUCAAAUGUGAUUGUUCUAGAAAAGAGCACACUGCUGUCAAAAUUUUAUCUGCUGACUUGAGAACCGAGAAGCGCAAAUGAAACCAUAGUGAAACGAUUUAUAAAAAACUGAGAAUAGCAAAAUUUUAAAAAUUGUGCUAUUGGGAGUGUUUCAGUGAAUGACCAAGUGAAUUUAUUUUCAAGAAGAAUUUAGUUGUGCUGAAACUGAGUGUUUUUAUUUUAAAUCGUGUGUGAAAUGCCCCUUCGAGGUAGAAGUUUUCGCGGUUUCCCGUUUGAUGAGGAGGAGGGAUCGGACGCGUGGAGCGAGCUAGCGGCGCGCCACCCCGAUAUCGCGGCGCGGCUGCGGCAGCGACAGCGCCCGCCCGCCUGGGCCAGGAAGCGGCGCCCCUCCAGCCAGGACGGCAUAGACGAUACAGCCGACAGUUUCGGAGGCUUCGACUUCCCUUUCGACGACAUACCGCAAGACUUCAGAGAACACUUCCCCUCGCAUUGGAACAGACGGUUCGGCUCCCGAGACGAGCCCUACCAGCAGCCGACCUCCCCUCAGCCGCAGGCCCCUCAGCAACAGACUACCGCCACACAGACCGAGCACGACGCUGGGCCUUCCCACCUAGAGCAGACCUUACCCCAGUACGGGCUCAGGAACACAGUCGAUCUAGGACAGAAGAGCGCAGCGGACCCCAGCGUGGUUGAUGCGGAGGACAGAGCGCACAGGUCUGUGUCAGCUCCCCCCGAUCAGCGCGCCGACAACCCCAACAGCAAGAUGAGUGGACAAAGCCACCAGGACCAGCCCCACCCCCCGCCGCCCGAGCAACACUCCAACGUCAGGCACAUACCCAUAUUCGUCGAAGGCAGGGAUGAACCGGUCAUAAACAGAUCAGUAGAUCAUGGAACUCACUUCGCCGACCCGAAACCCACGUAUGUGCCCCCGCCUCAACCCCAUAUCGAUAGAGAACAGUAUUUCGCCAAUGACGAGCCCGUAGGAUUCCACUCUCCGUUCUCUAAGCCCUUCUUCAGGCAAUCGCCGCAACCGUUCACUAAACAGAAGAUGUAUCCCCAAGCGUUCGCACGAGGCGGAUCGCCGCAAAGAUCUCAGUCGCCCAAACCCCAGAGCUAUCACGAGCACGCAGCGCCGCGCCCGGAGACUCCGUCCAGACCGCAACAGAAACAAGCUCCGCCACAACAGAAGCAAACUCCGCCGCAGCAAAAGCAACCUCCCCAGCAACCGAAGCAACCUUCGCCUCCGCAGCGGCAGACCACCCCGCAACCCGCGACCUCGCCUCAGCCGCCGCACCACGAGGAGACUCGCCCGCAGUCGCCGCCCCAAGACAAACCGACCUCCAACGAUCCCCUCAACCAAAUCCUCACCAUUCAGAAGGACGUCCUCAACCUCAUAACGGAAGUCGAGAACUUCAAGGGCACCAAAAAAGACAAACACUAUUUAUACUUAGAUGAGAUGCUAACGAGGAAUCUCAUCAAAUUAGAUAAUAUCGAGACUGACGGCAAAGAAAGCAUAAGGCAGGGCAGAAAGGAGGUGGUUAAAUGUAUUAAUGAUUGUAUAGCUAUGCUCGAGAGGAAAGCUGAUAGCAGAGCUCUGACUACGCCUCCACCGCAAGAUGUGGAAAUGCAGAAUACUGCGACUGAAACCCCAGCUGAAGAGCAGGCCGUCCAGAAUGGUGACGUAGAGAUGAACGAAACUACCAAAGAGACAGAACCAGUGCAACCCCAAAUAGAACAAGAGCAAGUGCAGGAAAAUAUAACGUCGCCGCAAGUACAAGCGGAGGCUGAGAUGAAAGAAGAUGUCAAACCAGAUGAAACUAAACAGCCAGCCGAAAGCAAAGAAGCUGAACAAUCUGAUGUACAACCAGAAGAAACAAAAAUCGCAGAACCGACCCCAGAAGUGGUACCCGAGCCACCAGCACCUCAAGAAGUCACUGAAAAGAAAAAGGUCCCAAAAAAGACUGGUAAAAAACGGGACAAGAGCAAAGAUAACAAAGAAGUCGCUAAAGAAAGCAAAAAGGAAGAGGUAGUAGAUACAAAGGAAACGAAAGAUUGCAAUAAAGAUAACGUAGGUAAGACAGAAGUGAAUGAAAGUGAUAUAAAUAAACAAGAAAAUGAAAAUAAACCAGAAAAUGUAGAAGUGAUGCAAGUUGAUGCUAAAGGUGAUACGAAUAAACCUGAUUCGCAAGCGAUGGAAGUGGAUGGUGCUGCUAGUCAAUAAAUUUAGUUUGCAUUAGUAAAAUGUUUGUAGCCACACGGUUAGGAUUCGCCGCACGAGGCCUAAACCCACGGUCCCUUUUCUCAAUGACAUUCAAAUUGUAACUACCUGCAGAAUGCAUUUUGUCAAAUUGUCAUGUUAAAAUUUAAAUCUGCCACAUCUCGAUACAAGAACUGUCGACGGAAAUUGCAGAUACGUAUUGCUUUACAGUACACACAAAAUGAUAGAUAGAUAGAUAGAAGUCUUUAUUGCACUCAAAAACAUGUAAAGGAACACAACACAGAAAGAAGAAAAACUGAAAAACAAUUGUGUGCAAAGGCGGCCUUAUUGCUCAGAGCAAUCUCUACCAGGCAACUUUUGCUGAAAGGAGAAGCUAGUGUUGGAUAGUACCAAGUCGCAAGUAAUUAUUCGAAAUUACAUAUAUAUACAUAUAUUAAAUGAUUCAAAAAAUGUUAACAAAGGAAUUAGCUUUGAAUAUUCAACUUUGUUGGUCUUCAAUGACACCAUAUUUUGUUAUGUAAACCGACAUAACCAUUUUUAGUGUUUGUAGUAGAACAAGGAAUCAUUAUAGUUCUGUCCAGUCUGUGUUGAUUAUUAUAUUAUAUAAAACAUUUAUCACAUAUGGAUGAACAACAUCUAAGUAUAACAAUCUCUAUCUAGAGAUCAGAAAUUUAGAUAGAUAGAAGUCUUUAUUGCACACAAAAACAUGUAAAGGAACACAACACAGAAAGAAGAAAAACUGAAAAACAAUUGUGUGCAGAGGCGGCCUUAUUGCUUAGAGCAAUCUCUACCAGGCAACCUUAUUAUUUAUGCAUCGGCUAAAGAAAGUUGGAUAUCCAAUUCCUUUAUUAGUGCUUGUUGGUCUUAUUUUUGUCUCUUGAAAGAGGAGAAAAUUCUGAGUUCAUAAAUAUAAAUGUACUACAACAUUAAAAUAUAUCAAGCUGCAGAAAAACAAUUUUACUAUAAUAUUUCAGCGUUUAUUAAGACGAUCGCAGUCGGGUUUUAGUUUUCAACUUUAUCUUGUUACAUAGUUACAAUAUGAAUGUCAUAGCAAAUAAGAGCCCUGCCUUCCUUCUUCUUCGUGUUAAUUCUUUGUGCCUAUGUGCUGUAACACCUUGUAUUAUGUUUGUACAUUUUAAGUGUUUAACAUCGCAACUUCGCAUUAGAUAAUAUUAUGAUGUCCUCUCUAGGGUUUAAAGUGGUCUCCUCUUAUUUAAAAUCCUAAUAUUUAAUUAAUUAAUUUAUUGUUUAUCAUAACUUGAUAACACAAUUUUUUCUCAAUAAACAAUGAUCUAUAA